AUGGCCAACUUAGAGUACCCCAUUUACCCCAUCUUUGCAUUCCUUGGCUUCAUCGUAUCCCUCAUCCCCCUUCCAUGGCACCUUCAAGCUUGGAAUUCGGGAACGUGCUACUACAUGAUCUGGACAUCGCUAGCAUGCCUUAACCAAUUCAUCAACUCCGUCGUGUGGCAUGGCAGCGCCAUCAACUAUGCACCAGUUUGGUGUGACAUUUCUAUACGCAUCAUGUUGGGCGCUUCAGUUGGCAUACCUGCUGCGUCUUUGUGCAUCAAUCGUCGCCUGUAUCAAAUCUCACGUGUUCAUGCUGUUACUGUCACUCGCUCAGAGAAACGUCGUGCAAUUCUCAUUGACACUUUGAUAUGUGUUCUCUUUCCACUCAUUUUCAUUGCCCUACAAUAUAUCGUGCAAGGUCAUCGCUUCGACAUCUACGAAGACGUGGGCUGCUAUCCCUUCAUCUACAAUACCGCUCUCGCAUUUGUCUUAUCUGACAUAUGGCCAAUCAUCAUUGGUAUAAUCUCGGCCGUAUAUUGUUGUCUAUCCCUACACGCCUUUUACCGCCGUCGUGCUCAAUUCAACGAAUUCCUAUCUAAAAACGCCUCACUAACAAUAAGUCGCUACUUCCGACUGAUGGCACUUGCAAUGACGGAAAUCGUCUGCACCAUUCCCCUCGCUUCCUUUAUGAUCUGGCUGAACGCUACUGCACAACCCGUCGAGCCCUGGGUAAGCUGGCAAAACACCCACUACGAUUUCUCGCGAGUCGCACAAUAUCCUUCCAUCCUCUGGACUCGCAACUAUUUGCUCGUCGUCGCCAUGCAGCUCACGCGUUGGUUCGUAGUUGUCUGCGCGUUUAUCUUCUUCGCCUACUUUGGCUUUGCGGCAGAAGCGCGAAGGCAUUAUAUCACGGUGUUCUGGCGAAUUGCCAAGCUUUUUGGUUAUUCUCGUCCCCCGAUGAUCCCUUCUGCUGGUUUUAAUCCUCGCGCCCUUCAUAUGGCUUCUCAUGGUUCAUUGCCUGUCUACGUUGCAAAACAGAGUCCUGGUUUGAAACGUCCAUACUCGCUAUCACCCUCGCUAGCGGGAACUAUCGACGAGAAGUUUGCCAGCUCGACCCAAGCUACUCCUUCUGAUGCUACUUUCCCUGUCGUCCAAUACAAUGAAUUGGACCUCAAGCAAUCCCCGUACACUCCAUAG